GCAGCCACAGCGGGCCACCCGAGAGCGCCGCUCGGCCGCUGCUGCUCCCGCGCCAUGGCGGUGGCCCGCGGCCCGCGAGCUGCCCAGCGCCGCCCGCUGCUCGGCCUGCUCUGCUUGCUGCUGGUGGCCAGCCCUGCCGUGGGCUGGAACGACCCUGACAGAAUGUUGUUGCGGGAUGUGAAAGCUCUCACCCUCCACUAUGACCGUUACACUACCUCCCGGAGGCUGGAUCCGAUCCCACAGCUGAAAUGUGUUGGCGGUACAGCUGGAUGUGAUUCCUAUACCCCUAAAGUGAUACAGUGCCAGAACAAAGGCUGGGAUGGUUAUGAUGUACAGUGGGAGUGUAAGACUGAUUUAGACAUUGCAUACAAGUUUGGAAAAACCGUGGUGAGCUGUGAAGGCUAUGAGUCCUCUGAAGACCAGUAUGUGCUGAGAGGCUCCUGUGGUUUGGAGUAUAACUUGGAUUAUACCGAAAUUGGUCUGAAGAAGCUGAAAGAGUCUGGAAAUCACCCUGGCUUCUCUUUCUCUGAUUUUUAUUAUAAGUUUUACUCUGCAGAUGCCUGUUGCGUUGGUGGAUUGGUUACCAUUGGGGUCCUGCUUACCAUUGCUUUUGUCGUCUAUAAGAUGUUCCUUAGUGAUGGCCAAAGCUCACCAUAUUCAGAGUAUCCUCCAUAUUCCCAGCGUUACCAGCGGUUUAGCAACUCAGCAGGACCCCCUCCCCCAGGCUUUAAGACUGAGUUCACAGGACCACGUGCUACUGGCCAUGGUACAACUUCUGGUUUUGGGAGUGCUUUUGCAGGACAAGGGUAUGAAAAUUCAGGGCCAGGUUUCUGGACUGGACUGGGAACUGGAGGAAUACUAGGAUAUCUGUUUGGCAGCAAUAGAGCCUCAACACCCUUUUCAAACUCAUGGUACCACCCAGCUCACCCUCCUUCAUACUCCAGCCCAUGGAAUAAUCGCGCUUACUCCCCACUUCAUGGAGGCUCGGGCAACUACUCGGCAUGCUCCAACUCCGAUGUGAAAACCAGAACCGCGUCAGGAUAUGGUGGCACUAAAAGACGAUAAAUGAGAAACCUGGAGGUAAACACUGGAUGAAAAGUUUCUGACUUCAUCACUUUCUCGUUAAAGUGUUACCCGCUAACACCUGGAUAAAGGGACUACCUUAAAGUUCUGUGAUGUUUUGUCCUUGUAUAGCUUUUUGUAUCCAAUUGCUUGUGGCCAAGAGUCGAUAUGUGACAAAAUGCUUACGUAUUGUAUGUUAGUGUAACAUGCAGAUGUGUACUGUAAUUUUUGAAAGUGAUGGUUACUGUGAAAUGCUGACCAUGUGUCGUUUAUUUAUAAAACCUGUGAUGCCAUAGGGAGCAUUAAGAAUGCAGGCUAUAUAGAAUUAGAGACUGCUAACAGAAAAAGUUGAGCUUAGGUGAUAUUAAUUGAUGAGACUUUACCUCAGAAAGAGUUACAUUCUAUUUGGUAUUAAAGUACUUCUUGUUUGCGGUUUUCAAAUGUUUAAACCAAGCUUUAUUAAUUAUGCUGAUUUGUAGGUUUAAAUCACCCUUGAACUCCUGAGCUUUGAACUGUCCUGUGGUGGUGAGGCUUUAAUAAGUGAGCACUACCUUUUAUAGGAAAUGGUAGAAAAUAAGGAAACAAGGUUGUUAUCAGUGAUUGUGUGCUCAUAAAAAUGGUUGGAAUCUCCAUUUCCUUAUAAAAUUCAAAUGCUUCAGCAAAAGUUCUUGAAUAGCAAAAGCAUGCAGUUCUCUGUGGAAUCUUAAAUAUUGUUGUAAUAGUCCGUUUCAGUCUUACAUUAAAAUGACAAUAAAUAAAAAGAAACAA